GAAGGGAGCAGCAGCCUUCUUGUUGCAUUCAUUGCGUGACCUGUCUGUCACCGGCGGCAAUGUAAUUUACCGCAGAUUAAACAUUAAUAGAACUAUGCAGUGGUCUGUUUAAGUGUUGUUUUUUCCAGGUAACGACCAACGACACAAGCGGUGGAAUAGCAGGUUUCUAGCUGCUCUGCUACAUGAGGAGGAGCACCAAACGCUACUUAGCUACACAGUUAGCAUCUUAGCAGCUGCUCCGGGUUCCUAAAGGUGUCAUCAAGAACCACUUAACGUUACAGAAUAUAUACACAGUCUGUGGUACUACAGAGAUCAGCAACAUGACCUCAGCUUCCACUAAAGUAGGUGAGAUCUUCUCUGCAGCUGGUGCUGCCUUCACCAAACUGGGAGAGCUCACCAUGCAGCUUCACCCAGUGGUAGACUCCAGUCCUGCAGGUUCCCAUGUUCCCCCCAGUGGUCCGACAAAGAGCACAGUGAAGAGGAAGCUGUAUGAAGAUGGAACUGUGCCCGCUUCCUCCGACGGGUCUAAGAAGGUCGUCAAGAAAGCCACUGCUACUGUUGCCAUGGUAACACCAGGCACUCCAACCGUCAUCUCUGUGCCCACAGCCCAGGUUGUCGUGGCAUCAGGAAUACAGGGUUCCACCUCCACCCAGCCCCCCCUGAAGAAACAGAAGACUGCAGAUGUGACCCUCAGUGCUCUGAAUGACUCAGAUGUUAACAGUGAUCUUGUGGACAUCGAGGGACUGGGUGAAGGAUCUAACUCCAAAAAGCUCAACAACUUUGAUCAAGAUAACCUGAACCUGGACUCAAGCCUCAUUAUGAAUCCCAGUGACCUUGCUCUGCUUUCCCGUUGACCUUUCAACUUCCUGUGGACCCGAUGGACAAAACUAUGAAAAUAAUACCAACGUUGUAAUAAAGUGGUUUGAGCCAGAUGAUGCUGACUACCCACUUUAGAGUAAUAUACUAGCACUGCAUAUUGUGGUGUAUCAUGCAAGACUCCUCUCCAAUCCAACGCAUCCCUUAUCCGUGAGACCAGCUGGUACUAUCACAAAUGUGUUUGGAUCACUUCAAGUUUUCAUUUGACAUUUUUAUUGUAGACCAUUUCUUCUCUUCCUCUGUGACUUAUGCUUUGUAGGAAUGGCCCGAAAAUCCUCCAUUUGAAAGGAAGAUUAAAUGCAGUGAAGAUCCUGUGUGAGAAACCAGAAAACAAACAGUACAGCAGAGAAAGUCAGCUGCAUGGACAAGAUGAAAUACUCCCCAUCCAGAUGCCCCCAUUUUUCAAAAAGACAGGGAUCAGAAAGCAUAUUUUGGACUGAAAAUGUAAGCAGGAAUGGGUACAGUUAUUUUUAAUGUGAAUUGUCUAAAUCCUCUCUCUCUCUCUCUCUCUCUCUCUCUCUCUCUCUCUCUCUCUCUCUCUCUCUCUCUCUCUCCAUAUAUGUGUGUGUAUAUAUGUAUAUAGUAUGCGUGUAUAUAUGUAUAUAAAAAAUGUUUAAGUCUUGGUAUCUUGUGAUAACAGAAUUUCUUGAGAAAAAUUGAUUUUUCUUGAUGACAGUUUUAUAAAACUAAGAUAUCAAAAUGGCAGAAACACAUGUGAAUUGAUAAGUAGGGUGGAAGCAACUUAUUUUAAAGUAUGUAAGUCGUAAUAAUUAAAGGGGCUAUUUGUAGUUUUUCAGUGUUAAAUCUGUUUUCAGUGUUAAAUUUGUAGUUUUUAAGUAUUAAAAUCACUUAUUAAAAAAUAAUUUUCACUGCC